AUGGGUCACGGCAGGACGCUCGAGUACCCCAAGACGCCGGUGAACCGGGUCAAUCGGUAUAAUCAGCGAGCAACGUACGACCUCGAACAGAUCCACACCAUCAUCAACACCAGCACCGUCGUGCACGUCUCGUUCAACACGCCGGAUGCGUCGAAUCCGUUCCCCGUCACGCUGCCCAUGGUUGGGGUGGCGGCGAGCUUUGAGCACCCAUCGUCCUCGCUGGGCGAGCCGCUCGACAUCUACCUGCACGGGUACGUGAGUUCGCGGCUGAUGAAUCUGUCGCGCAACGCCGGCCAAGCCGCGCAGGACAACCCGACGACUGCAUCGACGGACGGGAGCGGUGGAGAGACGGCACAAGGAUUGCCCGUGACCAUCUCGGCCACGCUGGUCGACGGCCUCGUCUUGACGCUCACGCCCAACACGCACGACGUCAAUUACCGCUCCGCCACGGUUUUCGGCUACGCCAACCUCGUCACCUCGCUCGAGGAGAAGCUCUGGGCCAUGGAGCAGGUGACCAACUCUGUCGUGCGCGACCGCUGGCGCCACACGCGCGUUCCCCCCGACGGCGCCGAAAUGCAGAGCACCAGUAUCCUGCGCGUCAAGGUCGUGGGCGGUAGCGGCAAGGUCCGGGUCGGCGGCCCGCGAGACGAACUCAAGGACUUGAAGAGGGACGAUAUCCGGGACAAAGUGUGGACCGGCGUGAUUCCCGUGUGGGAGUGUUUUGGGGAGCCCGUGGAAUACAAAGGGGUCGUGCAGGGUGAUGAAAAGGGAAACCGGGUCGACAAUGUCCCUGACCAUGUGAGGGAGUUUGCGAGGGAGAUGAGGGAGCAGAAUGAGAAGUAUGCUCUGGCGGCGGUGGCAGAUACGAGCCAGGAUUGA